ACCAACCAUCAAUGGUGGAAGGACAACAGCAGCGAGCAUUUAUCUGCUCCUAGCUGGGAUCUGUGUCCUCCUGCUGCUGCUGCUCCUAUUGCUGUUUGCUGUUUCCUUCUCGUAAAUGCAAAAGUUGCAACUUGUAGCCUCAAAAUAACCACAAAGUAAACACCAGAGUGGCAGUGGCUGUGGCGCCAAGGAGUGCAGUGGCAUGGAGCACUGCGUACUGGCUGCUGUCGGGCUAAGAGGUAUUGGAAUGGCCGGCCAAAGUCAUUGCACGUGCGGGGGAGUACCCGGACUCGCUUCAGUGUCCUUGUCGAUGUCUUUGGCGGAGCAGCAGCAGCAGCAGGAGCUUCAGGCUUGGUUCCUGGACGGGUCCAAACUAAAUAAAUGGCGAAACUUUUGCUUUGUCAUCCGUCGCCUUGGAAACAGCUCCAACCGGAGAUGGAGUGGAGCGGAGUGCCAGCUGCUGGGAUCUGGGCUCUGGAGCCUUGCAGCUCAAAGGAAGUUCUACGCUGCUCUCAUAACUCUGGGAACGCAUCGUUGGCCAUUAAAUUAACCCACUUGCUUCACAUUUGUCUUUAUUAAAUGUUAAAUUACGAGCUGGCACUUGAAGAAGCAAACGGGAACGGGAAAGGGAACGGGAACGCGUAUAAAUUAUAAACCAAUUUGAUAACCCACACCAGGAGCCAGGGACCG